GUUCAACGCAAAGCCGCACCGCACCGCGCGCCGCGGACGCACGGAAAAAAGGCGGCUCCCUACCGCCGCUGGCGCAGGCACGCGCCCCAACUCGCCCAACCCCCACCCUGCCGCCGGCCGCGGAUGACGCCCGCGACUCCCACCGCCGCCGCGCCCAUCCGCCAGCACCUCCCCUCCUCCUCGGCGCGCUGCGGCAACCCGCGCCCCAGCGCCCGCCUGCGCCUGCCCGCUCGCCCCCGCGCCGCCCCCUCGGCCUCCAUGUCCGCCGAGGCGCGGCCGGCGCCGUCGCCCGUGCCGCCGCCGGCGCACCCCACCUACGACCUCAGCGCCGUCAUCGCCCUCGCCCUCUCCGAGGACGCCGGCGACCGAGGGGAUGUGUCGUGUUUGGCUACCAUACCAACCGAUGUAAAGGCUGAAGCCACUUUUAUCGCUAAGGAGGAUGGUGUCAUCGCAGGCAUAAGCCUAGCUGAGAUGAUAUUUAACCAGGUUGAUCCGUCGUUGAAGGUUGAAUGGUUUGAGGCUGAUGGAAAUUAUGUCCGUAAGGGAUUGCAGUUUGGCAAAGUAUAUGGGUGUGCUCAGAGUAUCAUUGUUGCUGAGAGGGUUGUGCUAAAUUUCAUGCAAAGAAUGAGUGGAAUCGCUACAAUGACGAAGGCCAUGGCUGAUGCUGCUCGUCCAGCAUGCAUACUGGAAACAAGAAAAACUGCUCCAGGUUUACGUCUGGUUGACAAGUGGGCAGUACUAAUUGGUGGUGGGAAGAAUCACAGGCUUGGAUUAUUUGAUAUGGUUAUGAUAAAAGAUAAUCAUAUUUCUGUUGCUGGGGGCAUUACAAAUGCAAUGACAUCUGUUGAUCAGUUCUUGGAGAAGGAAAAUCUUGCAAUUCCUGUUGAGGUUGAGACGAGGACACUCGAGGAAGUUAGAGAUUUAUUGAAGUAUACCGAUGAGAACAAGACUUCAUUAACUCGUAUAAUGUUGGAUAAUAUGGUUGUACCUCUUCCUAAUGGGGAUCUAGAUGUAUCAAUGCUCAAAGAUGCAGUUCAGUUGAUAAAUGGAAGAUUUGAGACAGAGGCAUCUGGAAAUGUGACGAUCGAUACGGUGAAGAAAAUCGGAGAAACUGGAGUUACAUACAUUUCAAGUGGAGCGUUGACGCAUUCCGUGAAGGCGCUCGACAUAUCUCUCAAGAUAGACACCGAGCUGGCUCUUCAAGUUGGAAGGCGCACAAAUCGCGCCUGACACCACAGGUUGAGUUCCACCUGUGUAACUUGACCUCCCCUUCUCCUAUACUUGUAUGACCCAACUCUUUGCGGUCAACAGGAUGCUUGGCGUGUCUGGUCGGUUCAUCAUUCGACGACGUGCUCGCCACGCUGUGAUUUCUAACUAAUAUAGUGAAGGAUGCCCUCACAAUUAUCCAGUUACGGACCAACACCACAGUAUCUAUAGUAGUAUACAACGGAAGAACAAUAAUAAUAGCCUGAAUGCCCAGCUUUCAGUCGUUGCGAAACAUUUAAACUGUUGAUUAAGACAGGCGGAAAUUGUUGCUAAAUGGCGUGGAAGAGGUUGUAUGUGACACCACAAAACACCGGUUUCGCAGGAACUGGGAACGAAAUAAAAUGGUUUGUCUGCCGCCUUUACUAAA